GCGUCUGGUCUAACAAGAGCAGCCCUUGUCACGAUGAGUUACAAAAUGAAGGCCGACGGGGCGUGCCACAAGGGGAGGCUAGGCAUUGUAGGAAGCUUGAUCGUCAGUCUCCCGCCAUCACUCUUGCAGAGAACACCCAGCAACGCCCUCCUCUUCACCCUCACUCCAAGUCUCCGUCAUUAUGGCCGAAAACGCGUUGGCAGAACAGAACGGGAGGGACGUGGACACGCCCGAUGAAAUCUUGACGCCACACAGCCUGGUGACUGAGAAUCACGUGCGAGCGGCGCUUAUUGCGGACAAGGGCGCCGCCGCACGCCUCACCUCCUACAAGGUUGUGGAUUUCACCAAGAAGGGCGACAACUACGCGUGUGUGGUGAGCAGCGUGGAGGUGAAGUACGAGCUGGACGGCCAGAGCUGCGAGGUGGUGUACGUGGUGAAGCUCAACCCUUGUAGGAAGUUUGAGUCCAUGAAAGAAUUCAUUUCUAAAUUGUUUGAAAAAGAAGCCAAGUUCUACUUGAACCUGGCGCCGGAUAUGAACUCCAUUCUGAGAGAAAUUGGCGAGAAGACACUCAAUUUUCCAAGAUGCUUUCACGCCAGUUUGGAGGAUAAGAAAGAAAUAAUAUUCCUGGAAGAUCUACGGUCACUGGGCUACAAGAUGACUGACAGAAGGCAAGGUAUGGACAAAGCUCAUGUCACCCUCGUGUUGAAGGAGCUGGCAAGGCUUCACGCUGCCUCCGUUUUGCUGCAGGCCAAGAAGCCUGAGGAGGACAUCUGUGUCACGUACCCGUCUUUAGAGAAAGGCUGGAUCCAUUUCUUGAAAAAAGAACAAAACUUUAAGCUUAUUUUUGAUGGCGGCAUGAAGAACAGCAAGGAAUUACUCCUCCAACUCGGGGGUUAUGAGAGAGCCACGGCUUGGAUCGACAAUCUCCUCCCUAACUUUGUGGACGUGUUGCAUGAGCAGGCGCAGCCCAGCAAGCUGAAGGUGGUGUGCCACGGGGACUCCUGGAACAAUAACUUGCUCUUCAGAUAUAGCGAGGAUGGUGAUCCCGUGGGCACCAUGUUACUGGAUCUGCAACUCUCUGGCUGCUCAUCCCCGUGCACAGACCUGAACUAUCUCCUGUUCACGAGCGUGACAGGGGAAGUGAGAAAGCCAGAGCUUAAUAACUUCCUCUCUACGUAUUACGACAGCUUUUGCAGCGUGCUUGAAGCUGGCAGUCACGAGGUUCCCUUCACGAGAGCUGAACUGCAAGAAGAUUUUAAGAAGAGAAACGUCCACGGUGCUAUAUUCGCCAUGGUGCUUCUGCCUUUUGUCAUUAUGGAACCUGACUCGGUGAUGGACUUGGAAAACGGCACAGACGAAGACAUCGAUAAUAUGAUAGAGGAGAUGAAUGAGAAGUCAAAGAUUCAGUGGGAGAGUAAUUCUUUGUUGCGUCCGAGGUUUCUGGCUAUGUUUGACGAGUUGAUGGAGUCGGGGGUGAUUCCCUGAGCAUCACCACAUCACCGUCUGCAUGUAUGUAUAGCUCUUAUGGUAUCAUGAUGUAUAUAUGGUGAGGAUACACAGCGCUGCAGGUGUUGCGCCUUGCUGUUGGGACGACACGAGGAGAAGGAUCACACAUAAAAUACUUAGGAAAACUAGAUACCAGGAGAGUUGCUGGUCAUUAACAAGUGUAAGCUUACUGAUGUAUUGUUACUUGUUAUCUACGUGUUAGGGAGCAACAGAAGGGCCACACUGUCUUGUCCAUUCGCCUCGCUCCUAACCAUAAAGUCGAAGGAGACCAACAGAGAGGAGGCAUGCACUGAAAAUUAUGAUCUCUCUCUCUCUCUCUCUCUCUCUCUCUCUCUCUCUCUCUCUCUCUCUCUCUCUCUCUCUCAUGUUCAUAUAUUUCUUCACUAUAUUUCUCUAAAUACAUAAACCAGAUAACUGUAAUAACUUAAGAAUGUAAUAGUAGUAGUAAUACCAAUAGUAGUAGUAGUAGUAGUAGUAGUAGUAGUAGUAGUAGUAGUAGUAGUAGUAGUAGUAGUAGUAGACUAGUAGUAGCAACAACAGCAACAGUGGAUAAUAAUGAAUAAUAAUAAUAAUAAUAAUAAUAAUAAUAAUAAUAAUAAUAAUAACAACAGUAAUGAUGAUUAGACAGAACAUUAAACUAUAUUUGAUUUA